AUGACUAUUCUACCGGAUCAAGAACUACUCAGAGGCGCGACACUGAAAGCAGCAACUUUCCCUAGAAACACAGUCCGGCCAACGACGUCGAGGCAUCAUUUAGAAGGCUAUCUGAAGCGACUGAACAGCCACGAUGGGAGACUAUUCUGCGUCGAUGGAAAAGCGAGUAUUGACCUUUGGGAUUAUGAUGACUUCGCGAAAGAAUUCCACAAUACCUGCGUUGCGAAUGAAUUUGAGCUCAUAGCACGACUUGAAGGGGAGCGCUUGUUUGUCCGAGACGAUCCUAGAUCCCGGUUCAUAUUCAUACAUGCACGUAACUCGCGUGAAUGCCUAAGAGCCAGUCGGCGCAUGUUUGUACGGGCACUUACGCAUCACCAAGUGAUGCCAAGCUUUCUAGACUUUGUGUUCCCCUUUGGGCACCAACAAUACGCUGAAGACCUUCUUUUCAGUGGUUUCAGGGAAGACACAAAAUUAGUUCCCUCAGAUGGAGGUCUGAUCAUACCGGAGCUUGGUCGCUCCGGCGUCGAGAUCCGAAUGUGCUACAGUCUGAAGUCCGUGGAGCCCAAGAUAAUCGACCAAGAUUUCCCAUGGUCUAUCCGACAAACUGCUGUCUAUCAUUCAUUUGAUCUAGUGACAGGCAAAGCAUGCUGGAUUGUAAUGAAGGGGAGCCAUCUCAUCCGAGAUCGUGUGCGAUCAGCGUCAAGCGCUAUUGAAGAGGGUUCUUCCUCGACAGAGCUAAGCUCCUUCGAUUCUGUCUCAAGCUCCCUUGGCUCAGCACUCGAAACGCACUUGGUUCUUUGUGACUGGUGUGAUGAAGACUGGAGGUGGUACCUUACAUUUCUAGAGAAGGAACUUCAACGACUAACACGACGUGCGUUGGUCGUUGACAUUCCAAAAGCUCGAAGCUUUGUGGAACCAGAAGCAUACCAGGAACGAAAGCAGCAUACAAAGUCAAUUACGAGAACGAUAUCUGCUUACACGAAGCGUACACUGUCUUCCUCCAGGAAAUAUACGAGUUCCAGCUCCUCCAUGGAGAAAGGAGAAUAUCGUCCAUCGUUCCCGCAGCCACCCAUGUCUCCGCUGUCUCCCCCAGUAUCCCCACUGGACGAGACAGCACCUCAACUACCACCUGUAUUGCCACCUGGAAUGGACCCAAUGGGAUCUCAGGCAACAUAUCAGAAACCCGAAAAAGACGAGGUAUUCUCGGUAAGAACCCUGCAACAGGUGCAGGUCAUCGAAGACAAAACAAACGAAGUCCUACUCAUCAUCGAGGCCAACAUCAAGAUAGUGAAAAACAUAAGAAAACACUAUCAGACAGUUCUUGCAUCAGACGAGUGCCCGUCUGAAUUGAAGUCUGAAACCAGAGUCAAAAUUUCCUAUUUCGAAAAGCGCAUUGCAAACAUCAUUGGCGAUCUCGAAAUUCAGCAUUCUAGUGCUCAGACACUGCUUCGACUGCUGGAAAAUAGAAAGAGCAUACUCUCAGGACUUCUCAAUAACUCUAAUAUCGAGGCUAGUAAGGAGUUUGCGACACAUUCGCAGCACUCAGCAUCCAAAAUGGAAGCUAUCACUGAAGCAAUGCAUCAUCUUGCCUUGAAAACCAAACAAGAAACCGUUUCUAUGAGGAUUAUUACGCUUGUAACUUUGUUCUUCUUACCUGGCACAUUUAUCUCUACGGUGAUGAGUACAGAUAUCAUAAAAUUCCCCUCCAAGCAGGAAUCUGGAAAAGUAUUCCAGUCAGGAGCUCUCCAAUUGUGGCUGGUUAUCACUCUUCCUUUGAUGGCAAUCACCUUCAUUGCGUGGUGGCUGGUCUACUGGCUGGUGAACCGAAGGGAAGAACAGCAGAGUGGAGGCACUUUCCGUCGCUGGCUUCCUCAGUACAAUGAGAUUAGAGAAGGCACCUGA